AAUCGCAAUAGACUGUAUAAUACAAAUCAUUUUAUAUUAUUUUUCAAAAUUUAAUUUAUUUGUAAUCAAAAUUAUUAAAAACAAAAAAAAUAAAAUUCAAAAUUAUUAUUUAGAAAACACUAAUUUCGCGAAAAGUUUACAAAAUUGCCAGUUACAUUUAUUUCUAAAUAUUUCUAAUAAUCCAUUAAUUUACCAAAAAAUAGGCUUUAUGAAGUAGAUAAGUUUCUUUUCAUUCUUGCAGUACAAUGAGUCGAGAAAGAUGUCUAUCGUUGGAUAGAGCUCAGCGCAAACGACAAUACGAAAAUACACUUCGUAGUGGUCGUUAUAUACCAGAAAGAUCACCAAAUAGAACACGAUUAGCCUCACGUGCUGCUGCUCUUCGAAAUGUACCUAGUUCACCGGAAAUAUAUCAUCGAAAUUAUGGAGGAGGGAUAGAAGAUUUGGGACAAGAUGAAAGACUACAAUGUAUUGCUAUAGAAGAUGACAAUAAUGAUGAACUAUUGCCUGAAUAUAAUACCGAUAGGCAACUUUAUAUACCAGAUUUACCAGAAGAGUUUUUAGAUGCAUUUGAAGAACCAUCGUUUUACGAUGUUCCGCCGAAUGCAUCAUUCGAUGAGGUCAUGUGUGCAAUGGCAACACCGCCACCAGCACCAGCUUCAUCGGCGCCCACAGCCGCAGAGAAACUAGAUGCUAUUAGGGCUGAAGUCGCCGAGGUAAUAAAAUUUGAUGAUUUACGUAAACGUAUGGCCGCUCACAUAGGAACAUCUGUACAAGAACAACAGGCAGAAGCAGUACAGGUUGAUGUCGAUGACGUUCGCAGACGUAUGGCAGCUCUUAUUGGUGAGAGUGAACCAGAACCACAGCCAUGUCCGCAUAAGAUACCUCCUUUGCCUGAAGAUCCAUACGCUAUACCACCGCCACCUAAAGAUGCAAAAAAUAUAGUGGCAAUAAUAAGAAGAGCCCAAGCUAUAGCAAGACUUAAAGCCCUUGAAGAAGCGAAAGCUGCUAAAAAGGCUCCAAAAGGUGUUGUUAAAAAAAGUGUCAGAGGUGUUCCUGUCCCCACUAAAUUGCCACUUAAAAAAACUGUACCUUCCGUACCAAAACCUACAGGAAGAACAGCUGGAACAAGAAAAUUACCCAAAACUCCAGCAUCUCGAAAUCUUGGCAUUGUAACUAAAAAGUUAAAAGAAUGUCCUCCAACGCCGCAGCAUCCUCCCGAUUAUGUUCCUGACGAUUGGGCUGCUGCUAUAUUGCGAACUAGGAAAUUAGCUGGCCUUAAGACCACAAAUCCAAAAUUGCUACCAAAACCAAAAACGCCAUUGCCGCAAGUUUCAAAAUCUCCUUUAGCACAACCUACUACUACUCCAGCACUACCCACCUUUGCUAACAUCAUGGAGCGAGUUGCUGCUAUUCGAUCAAGAACAGAUAUAGCUAAAUCACCUUUAGUGGAUCAAAAUAAAAACCUUUUAACACCUACUCCACAGGAUGAAUUGGACGAAUAUGAAGCCCUAGAGCAAUUAUAUGGUCACACAACUUUAAAUCAGUGUCCGGUCUUGUUAGAAAAUGUUACCAAUUUGCAAAAUCGAAUAAAUGCUUUGCAGCAACAACUUUUGCAGAGCCCACCGCUAUCUCUAGAUUCAAGUCUAAGAGCUGCAACUCCCACACCUCAAGAUGAUGACGAAUAUGAGGCUUUAGAACAGCUUUAUGGAGAUGGAGUGUAUGACCAAUGCCCUGCAACAAAUGAUUAUGAAACAGACUUACAAGACCGUAUAAAUAUUUUGCAACAGAAACUAUUUCAAUCUCCUGCCAAACAAAGUCCUAUUUUUGAAGUUCCUUCAAUUCUUCGAUAUCAGGAUUUAUUAAAGAGUAGAGAAUCUAUGGCGGCCGCUGCUGCUCAAGCUAGCUUAAUGCAUAGAGCUCAAGUAGAUACUGUACCCGAAUAUGAAGAUGAUUUCAGUAUUUACGAAGACUCUAGUCCACAUUAUGAAAUACUACAAAGCCCUAUUGUAGCCCAAUCAACAUCAAAGACAGGUACCCCUAUAUUAUCACCUAGAGGUACUCCACAACGAUCACGAUCUCCUGCAGCAACAACACAAAUAUGUCCUUCAGGAUUCGAUGAUGCGUUUCUACGUAAUAUAGACAUGCCAGAAUUUGAUGUAAAUGACAUACCCGAGUUUGCUUUUUCGGCCGAGGCAUUGGCGGAUGCUGGUUUUGUAAUUGGCGAUGAAGUCUCCCUGGGUGAAAUUUCAAUGCCAACUCUUGAAGACGAUGUUUCAUUAGAUGAAUUAGGCUUAGAGGAUGUUAGUUCCCCCGAUUUGUGCGAUUUGUCUAUUUCAGGUGUGGAUAUGGCAUUAGAACCAGACUAUACUUUAGAAAUCUCCACAGAAGAGGAUGAAGAUGAGAUUACUGAGAAAACUGUGGAAGAUCAAACUUCAAAAGAGCCUGGAUUUUUAACAACAAUGGUGAAUGCUGUAGUUGACAGGUUUAGAAACAUAUUUUCACCCUCGAAAUCAGAAGGAGAAAUGAGGGAGGAUGAAGACGAUGAACUCAAUUUAGAUUCAUCAUUACCUAAUAUGUUUGAGGGGACGCCACCUCCAAAGCCAAAAACGCCCCCACCAAAAUUGCCUGAAGAACCAAAGCCUAUUGUUGAAAAACCAGUAACACCUAAAGGGCCAAUCGUAAUACCACCUCAUCCUAAAGAUCCAAAGGAUUAUAUGGCCAUGGUUAAAAGGGCACAGGCGAUUCAGAAGAAGAAAGCAGAAGAGGCUGCAUUGGCUCCGAUUGCAGCACUUACUAAGGGAAAAGUAGAAAAACGGGAAAUUAAAUCGUCUAUCCCCAAAAGAGCUCCUCCACCAAAGAAAAAACCUCAAAUACAAAAGAAAAAGAAAGAGGAAAAACCAGAAAAAGUGUAUCCACCAGGAGAAUAUUCGCCUUCUGACACAAGAGCAGUAGCAAGAGCAAGAUCUUUAGCUGGCUUAAAAAAUAGAUCUGCAUUAUUAAAUCCGGAACGUGCUGCUAAAAUUGCAGAACUUAAGGCUGCCCGAGAAGCGGAAUUAGCUGCCAUAGAAGCAUUACCUCCUACAGAACGCAUGAGAAAGAAAAUGGAAACUAUGCGGAAAAGGGUUGGGGCUGCCUUACCUCGGCCGUCUAUUGAGGCUUUGGGAACGUUGGAAGCAAUACGCGCCAAUUUACCAAUACCAAAACCUCCUAAACGUAAAUGGCGACCUACUGGGAGACUAAGAGCUGAUAGACGAGUAAAGCCUUCAGAAAGAAUUUUUACGAGAGAUUUCGGUCGUGUAUUAAUUCCUACCAAGUAUACACAGAAAAAGAAAGGUUGGAGAAAACUUGAUGUUUUGUCUCCCAUUGUUGAAGAGGAACAAUUUCGAGAUAGAGAUUUCAUGGAGUUUUCUCCCUUGAAACGGCAUGAAGGCCAGCUGAGAUUACAAUAUUUAAAAGAACAAGCAGCGAAACGUGCAGCGGAAACUAUAAGAGCUGCUGAAGAAGCACAAGCAGCUAUUUCGCUACAUACACCCACUCGCCAACGAACAAAUAGUCCUACAUUUGGAAGCCCGAAAAUAACACAUCAAUUCAGCCCAAUCCAUCUUCAAUGUCCGAGUAGUCCCAUAACAGAAGAAACCAGGCGCGAGAGGAUAAUAACAAAAACGGGCCCAAAUGGAGGUGAAGAGAUAAUAAAAGAAGAAGUUACUGAAACCUCCACUAUUGAAAAUGGCGAAGUUUAUACGUCUACUAGGCAAGUCACAACUAAAACUGAUGCAUUUGGAAAUGUUACAUGUCAUAUACAAGAAAGCAAAGGAGAAGAUGACACCUAUUUAGAAGAUUUGUCGGAUAUAGAGCCUCCGGAGUUUUUGAACACAUCAGAUAUACCGCCACCAAUUGAUCCAUCUAUUCCUACCCCAGCGGAAAUAAUAGAUAGAAUUCGUUCUAAAGUUCAGCAAAAACUCGAUUUUUCUUUACCCGCUGUUCCGCACUCACCGAAAAGCAUUUCGCCUGCAACUCCUGGCAUGAUAGACUUUCCACAAGACAUAACAGAUGAGGAAUUGUUUGACGUAGAAGUUCCUGAAUUUGAGAGAACACCUCAAAGAGUAUCCCCACAGAUGAAAGCUUUUUCUCCUAUUGAAAAAGAUCUGCGAAUGUACGCAUGGGGAGAAAUUCCCCCUCCAACUCCACCACCAAUUUCUCCACCUGGAAUGCCUAUACAGAAAAUUCCUCGAUCUCCUGUACAACCUAAGCCUAUUAGCCCUCCACCAAAACCAAAAUCUCCAGAAGGAAUGAUUUGUAUACCACCACAUCCCAAAGAUCCGAAAGACUAUAAGGCAAUGGUGAAACGGGCACAAGCGAUUCAAAAACUUAAAAAACAAGAAGAAGAAAUAGCAGCUAAAAUUACACCUCCAACAAAACCUACUGCAAAAAGUGGACGAAUUCCUAUAUCUCGGUGGGUUGCACCUCCUCCAAAAGAUCCAAAAAGACCUCCACGAAAAAGAUUGGUGCUUAAGAAGCGAGUACCUAAGAUUUCACCCAAAAAGAUUGUACAGCAACAAGAGGAAGGCCAAGAUGAAGAGAGAGAAUGUCCCUUAGAGCCACCACAACUUGCACAAGAUUACAGGGAUGCUGUAGCUCGAGCGAGAUUAAUACAUGGCUUGAAAAACCGAACAGCUGCCCUUAAUCCAAAAGUUGCUGAAAAGCUUGCAGCCAUGAAAGCAGAAGAAGAGGCUGCACAAGCGGAAUAUGAUGCAUUGCCCGUGCAUGAGAAAAUUAAAAAACGAAUGGAAAAAGUGCGAAAAAUUCCACAAAAAAAACGUCGCAUCGUGGCAACAUCUGAUAUACUUGGAACUAUAGCAGCCAUUAGAGCUAAUAUGCCUCCAAUAGAUGAUAUAUUGCGCCAGCCUUCCCCACGUAGUUCUCCAACAGCAGAAAGUCUUCCAAUUGUAACUCAAACAACAUCACCACAAACUCCAACUGCAUAUUCAUCAGUAAUUUUGCCACAAGCUCCAAUGCGAGCUCGUCCACGUUUCACUAGUACUUCACCAGUUGCAGACGCAUCUCUGGAUGAAUUUGAGUUUUUGGAACAAUAUAUGGGAGCAAUGCCAGUGACUCCAGAAAUAUGCGUUCCUGUUAAAAACAUUGAUGAAGACGAGUCAUUUGAAAUUCCAGAUAUAUCAUUACUACGACCAUAUACAUCUCCGGGGCAAGUUCAAAGUACAAUACCACCACACGCUCCGUCCCCUAGUCGCUCCCGUAUACAUUCACCGCGGGAUGUUCCUAUCUGCUUGCCAACAGAUUUAUCGCUAGAAGAGUUCGAAAAUCUAGAAGCUGAAUUAAAGACUGACAUGUCAUUAGAUGAAUUUGAAGCUCUAGAAGCGGAAGCUGAAAUCUUAUACAAUUACGAUACUCCUAAACGAGACGAACGACAUUGGGGUAGGAAGUUAGUAGAUCAGUUCACUCCAUCGCCAAGAAAGAAAUUAAUAGAUCCUAGCACUCCAUCAGUAACACCGGAAACAAUUAACCUUCUUACUCCCUCACCUGCUCACCCUUCGACUCGAGACGAAUUUAUAUCCCCACCUGGUUUCGUACCAGCACCUUCGAUGCGAAUGCUAGGACAAGUCGGAUUUUUCCAGGAACAUGGAUUGUUUGAUGAAGAAUCAAUUCUAGGACAUGAAACCUUAAAACGCCCUUAUAUUACUCCCAGAGCAGAUGCAAAACCCGGUUCUAUAUACUAUGACGAAAUGCAGGAUUUCAAAGUUCCCGCCGAAGAUAUUGUACUCGACACAUCACAAUUAAUGCCUCAAACUCCAGCAAAAACCUUACAAGAACGAUUUCAAAGGCUAAAAGAAGCACAUGAAAAAAGAACAAGUUCCCCGAGAUAUGAACAACAAUAUGACAUUACUCCGAGUACACCAUCCGUUGAUUUUACUCCUAUUGGACUUAUUAGCCCCAGUGGUGCUCCAUGUAUAGUUCCAGAUUCACAUAGAAAACAACUUUCUCCCAUUAGUUCACCAACUGAAAAGGAAUGGCUAUUAAACCUUGAAGAAACUCCGAAAAAGAGAAUGCCUGCAGUAAAACAAUUUAGAGAUCUGGAAGAUAUGCCAUUUGAUGAGUUAGAAUAUGAAAUUGAGCCUAGUAUGAUAGACAUUUCAUUUGAAAAGCCUGUGAGUCCUCCACCUAGGCCAUCAGAUAUUAUAAGAAGAAUUAGAUCUAAUGUUCAGCAACAAUUAAUAGAACGUGAAAAGUUUUUAAAACCGGCAACUCCUAAAAUGCUACCAAUGCCCGAAGAAUUGACAGAUGAAGAAUUAUUGGAGCUAAGUGUACCUGUCUUCGUACAAACACCACCAAGAACGCCACCAACAAAAUACAAGUCACCACGUGUAUCCCUCCCAAUGGCAUGGGGCGAAGAACAACCGGUUACCCCAGUUACUCCAAUAACUCCACAACCUCGCAUGCCAACACCAAUUAAAGAGCCAUCACCACCUCGUCCAGCUGAAAUAUGUGUUAUUAAAGAAAAAUCUAUUUCUCCUGAAGGCCCGAUUGUUAUUCCUCCACAUCCAAAAGAUCCAAAAGACUAUGCGGCAAUGGUAAGAAGAGCACAAGCAAUUUAUAAACUCAAAACACAAGAAGAAGCCGAAGAAGCAGCAAGAGCUCCACCACCUGAACCACCAAAGAAGAAGGGACGUGUGCCUAUUUCGAGAUGGGUAGGUCCACCACCUAAAAAGAUCAGUACUAAACCAAAAAGAAGACUUGUCCUAAAAAAACGUGUUCCUCAACCUUCAAAAAUACAGGCAAAGAAAGUAGAUGAAGUUCAACAAACAUUGUUGCCCGAGGAAGAAGAAAUAGAAUAUCCUGCGGAACCACCACCACUAGCGCAAGAUUAUAGGGAUGCUGUUGCCCGAGCAAGACUCAUACAUGGUUUAAAAAAUAGAACAGCUGCUUUAAAUCCCAAAAUAGCAGCUAAAAUUGCAGCAAAAAAGGCUGCGGAAGAAGCGGCAGCUGCAGCGUAUAAUGCUUUACCCGAACACGAAAAAAUUAAAGUACGCAUGGAACGUUUGCGAAUGAAACCACCUCACCGUCGAAGAGGACUUAAACCUACCAUGGAACAGAUUGCAUAUUUGGAGGCAUUAAAACAGAUGGGAGAAUAUCAAUACUCUCCAUUAGCUACGGUAAAGUCUACAACACCACUUCGAUUAUCUGAAACGCCUCGAGCUAAAGCAUACCAAAAAGCUCCUAAGGCGACGUAUCAGCAAAUGCCAACUCCUCGAUCAGAUUCUAGGAAAAUAACAGACCUAGAGUCCAGAGAAUUGGCUGAGUUCGAAGCUUUAGAACAGUUCGAAGCAGCUCCAAUUUGUCCUGCUCCCAGCUCAACAGAAGACAAUGUUGCUUUACGACAACGCAUUGCUGAUUUGGAAGAACAGUUAUUGGAAGCCGAAGAACUGCCGCAAAUGGAAGAUGAAUCGUUGGCAGAAUUUGAAGCAUUGGAAGCUUUAGAGGCUCCACCUGAUCAAUGUCCCACUCGACCUGUUUCCUCUUUGGAUAUGAAUCAACUUAUUUCAGAUUUGCAACAGCAGCAGUUGGUAACACCACCAAGAAUUGAUCCUAGAGAAAGAUAUCAACAAUUAAUAGCCCAAAGAAAAGCGCCUCCUACAACUCCCGUUAUAAGCCCUAUAAAACCACCAGAAAUUCGCUACAGCCCUAUUACGUUAUUUUCAAGUCCGCCUAAGGAAGAAGGUAAGAAACGUGCAGAAAAAUCUACAACGCAAAUUACAAGAAGUGGCGAUAACACCAUUAAGGAGCAGGUUAUUGAAACGUCAGAAAUAAUCAAUGGAGAAUUGCAACACCUUACAACGCAUGUAACAACGACAACCGAUCCUCAAGGUCAUGUGACAUAUCAAAUUAACGAGAGUAAACGUGUUUCUGCUAGAGACCGUUCAGAUGAAUUAGAAUCCUCUGAGAAUCUGGGAGAUAUUCAAGAACCAAGUUUCUUGGACACCACGCCAUUAACACCAAUGGAACGCCCUAGACCAAGAGACAUCAUUGAAAGGGUGCGUAGACAAGUCAAGGAAAGCUAUAGACCGGAAGUACCAACAGGUCACCUUGUAGAAUUAAGAACACCUCCCCGUAUGUUGUCUUUGCCAGAUGAAGUGCCUGAAGAAGAACUGGUAGAUUUCAGCUGCCCUGCAUUUGAAAGAACUCCUACAAGAACUCCCGCGCGUUCGCCAACUAGAUCCCCUGCAAGAUCACCUGAUGUUUCAAUACCUCAGCUAUUUUUAGCUACUCCUCCACCACCAACACCUCCUCUUCCUCCAGUAUCACCACUUAGAUAUCGUAUACCAUCACCUGAAGGUCCAAUUGUUAUACCACCCCACCCGAAAGAUCCCACGGAUUUUAAAGCAAUGUGUAGAAGGGCGAGAAAAAUUAAACAGUUAAUGGAACAAAAUGAAGCAGAAGCACUUGCCGCACAAGAAGCGGAAGCGGCAGCUGCGGCUUUGGCUGCUGCAGAAGCUGCGAAGCCGAAGAAAAAAGAAAGAGUUCCAAUAUCGAGGUGGACUGCACCACCACCGAAAAAAACAGGGAAACGAAAAAAAUUAGUAAUGAGAAAACGUGGCGAUGUUGUGGCAACAAAAACUCCAGGAAAGCCAUCUGAGUUAGAAAAAACACAACAUCAAAUAGUAGAGGAAGAUUUUGAAUACCCUGCAGAACCGCCUCCAUUACCAGAACACUAUGCACAGGAAGUUGCUUUGGCAAGAAAAUUAGCUGGUCUUAAAAAUAGAACAGCAGCUUUGAAUCCAAAAGUGGCGGCGAGAGAAGCAGCAAAAGCAGAGGCUGCUAGAAAAGCUCAAGAAGCUGAAGCUGCCAGACUUGCAUUGCUAAAUGCACAUCCGCCAUCACCUAUUAGGGAUUAUGCCACAGCACUAUCCAGAAUGAAAUCAAUGAAAGAAAAGGGUAUAGUUCCACAGGCUCAACCAUCCCUCGCAGCGGCUGCAUAUUUGGAAGCUGUAAAAGGUGCAAUGCAGUUACAACAAGAACAACAGCCUACAACUGAAAUCCCAAUCAUACAAGAAUCUCCAAAACGACGAUAUGCGAGAAUUAUGGCUGAGAGAGCAGCAUUACCACCUAUAAUUUCCGAAAGUCCACCAAGAACACCUAAACUCGAUGAUAUUCUCUAUUCUCCUAUUCGUUUUGUAAGUCCUCGAGCAGAUGACAGCAAAAUUGAUUUAGCAGAACCAAUGCAGGACUACCAAUUUGAUUUAGCUGCUUUUGAGAACUUAAAAGAGCUGGAGGAACUAGGUGAAUUUGAGGAACCAAGCUUUAUAGACGUUAGUCAAUGUUCCCUUACGGAAGAUCAGUAUAUGCCACUAACACCACCUCAAACACCACCGCCCGUAACUUCAGAGAUAAUCAGCAGAAUACGUCAACAAUAUGAACAACAACAGGCUGCAAUUUGUCCCGAAAGUCCGCCUUUAACACCGACAGCUUUAGAUUUUCCCGAAGAAUUACCAGAGGAAGACCUUUUCGAACUUAGUGCUCCAUCAUUUGCCAAAUCACCAUUUAAAGAAGAAAGACCUAUCAGAUCUCCAAAUAUAUCAAUACCACAUUAUUUUGAAGAAUCACCACCUCCUACUAAAGCUAUGACACCAGCAUCAAAAUCUAUAAGUCCAAGUGUAUCUAAAUCGCACGAAUCUGAUAUGACUCCAGAAGAAAUCGAUGUGGCAAGCCCUCCACUUUUAGGUGUUUGCCCAGGUAUUCGUGUAAAAACACCGCAGGGACCAAUUUUAAUUCCAUCACAUCCCAAAGAUCCUAACGAUGUAGCCGCUAUGAUAAGAAGAGCACAACUUAUCCAUAAACUGCAGGCAAAAGAAGCUGCAGAAAAAGCAGCUACUAUAAAUGUAGCCAAAGUUAGAGUGCCAAUAUCGAGGAGAGUUCCAGCAAAACCACUACCAAUAAAAGGAAGAUUAACACGUAAAUUGGUGCUGAAGAAGAAAGUUCCUGAUGCAAAAGCCAAAGCAGUAGCGCCCCUCUCUCCCAAAGAAUGUCCAACGGAGCCACCAUCACUACCAGCCGAAUAUCUUGCAGAAGUAGCCAAAUCUCGAAUUAUUGCAGGGCUUAAAAACAAAACAGCACUUCUUAAUCCGAAUGUUGCAGCUAGACAACAGGUAAAGAUAGCUUUGGAAAAGGCAAAGGCUGACGCCCAGUUAACACGGACAUCGCCCAAGGUGACACCUCCCCCUCCUAACUAUGCAUCUAUAAUGGAAAGAGCUGCCGCAAUGAGAGCGGCAAAGGCAAAAAUUCAACAGGGUCCUACUGCUCGAGAGCUAGCAAAUAGACAAAACUUAAUAAACCGCCAGCAAAGGCAAGAACGAAAGCGACUAUUACUUGAACUAGAACGAUUGCGAAAACAAGGUGUUGAAAAGUCAAUAGAAUUUGAACCAAAAACACCACCGCCUCUACGAGAACGAUUUCAAGCGAUAAAAUCAAGAAUUCCCACUGAAACACCGACUUCCUCAAUGUAUCCUUACAGUCCAGUCAAAACUCCAGACAUUGUUGAUUUACCACAAUACCAACCGCUUGUCUUACCUCCAACACCUCCUUACCACUACCUAGAAAAUGUAGACGUACCCGAUAUUGAAGAUGUUUCAAUGCCAUUUGAUGAUUUCAAUGAUAUUGAUUAUGAAAUCGGCGAUGCAGAAGAUUUAGAGUUUCAAUUAGCAGAAGCUGCAGCAGCUUAUUCAGAAUAUGAUGAAGACAAUAAUAUUGCUGAACUAGAAGCGGCACAAGCCAAAGAAUUGCAAGUAAUUCAAAAUGAGUUCGAUAUUGCAGAAAGAAUAGAUAUGCUACAGCAGCAAUUAACGGAAUCUGGAAAUAAAUCAUCAUUAACUGAUGCUGAUGACCAAAAUCAGUAUGAUAUGGCUGAACGAAUGGAAAUGUUACAAGAUCAAUUAUUGCAAACACCUAGAACUGAGACAGAAGUCCAAGAGCAAUAUGAUAUAGUCAAACGAUUAGAAAUGUUACAAAAACAGUUGUUACAAACACCAACGUCACAUCAAUCACCCAAGAAGAAUGCCAGUAAAGGCUAUGUUUGCGUAGAUAUGUCCCAGUUUGAUGAAGAGGCUGAACAAGACAUCUAUGAUGAAAUGAUGAAUGAUUUUGAAGCAAUGGAAAGAGAAUGCAUGUAAAUAUUUGCAAAAAUUAUUGUUACAUUUAUGUAUUAUUUUUGGUAACUGUGAUAUAAUUAGAAAUAUUUAUAAAAAAUAGCUGUAAAGAAUAUUAUAAUUUUAUACAAAUAAAAAAUAGUAAACAUUUUU